AUGCAGCCGCUCAGGGAGAGGCUAGUGGUUAGAGGCGAAGCUGGAUGGAUGGGUAUGGGGAAAGGGGCAAGAGCGGAUGCCCUCCUGAUCCAAACCCUCUUUCUCUCUCUCUGCAUCUUCCCGACAGGGACAUCUCCGUGUAAAAUCAUGAAGUGCAACUCUGAGUUUCUGGCUGCCACUUCAGGGCCUCACCACCCCGGCGCUGAGGAUCCCCCCGAAUUCUGCACGGCUCUGCGCACCUACGCCCACUGCACCCACCGGACAGCCCGGACCUGCCGGGGGGACCUGGCGUACCACUCUGCCGUCCACGGCAUUGAGGACCUGCUGGCCCAGCACAACUGCUCCAAGGAGGGUCCCACCUCCCAGCCCCGCCCCCGCCCCCCACCCCGGGGGGACAGCCAGGAGCGCUCAGACAGCCCCGAGGUCUGCCAUUACGAGAAGAGCUUCCACAAGCACUCCCCCCCGCCCAACUACACCCACUGCGGGCUCUUCGGGGACCCUCACCUCCGGACUUUUUCGGACGCUUUCCAGACCUGCAAAGUGCAGGGAGCGUGGCCACUCAUCGACAAUAACUACCUGAACGUACAGGUCACCAACACUCCCGUCUGGCCCGGCUCCGCUGCCACCGCAACCAGCAAGCUCACGAUCAUCUUCAAGAGCUUCCAGGAGUGUGUGGACCAAAAAGUCUAUCAGGCGGAGAUGGACCAGCUGCCGGCAGCUUUCAUUGACGGCUCCCAGAACGGCGGUGACAAGUACGGUGCCAACAGCCUGAAGAUCACCGAGAAGGUGUCAGGUCAGCACGUCGAGAUCCAGGCCAAGUACAUUGGUACCACCAUUGUGGUGAGGCAGGUCGGCCGCUACCUCACCUUUGCCAUCCGCAUGCCCGAGGAGGUGGUCAACGCCGUGGAGGACAGAGACAAUCAAGGCCUGUACCUCUGCCUGCGGGGCUGCCCCCUCAACCAGCAGAUAGACUUGGAGGCCUUCCGCUCUGCCGCACCGGCCACCGAAAGCCAACCUCGCCGAAAAGGGCUGGCCUUCACCCACGACACGGCCACGGCCAAGUGCCGAGAGAAGCUGCCGGUCGAGGACGUGUACUUCAAGUCCUGUGUCUUUGACCUCUUGACCACGGGGGAUGUCAACUUCACCCUUGCGGCCUACUAUGCCUUUGAGGACGUCAAGAUGCUCCAUUCCGACAAAGACAAAUUGCACUUGUAUGGACAGUCCAGGAAUGCGGCUGCCUCCCAUCAACACGCCCCUCUUUUUGUUCUCCUCGCCACACUGGUGUGUUUGAGUCACUUCUCAGCCAUUGUGCUAUAG